AUGCCGUUACUCAUUAUCUAUGUAAGUCUGUUAGGUCUCACUCUCUUUCUCUCUCGCAUUUCCUCUCUCUCUCUUUCGCUAUCUAUCUAUCUAUCUAUCUAUCUAUCUAUCUAUCUAUCUAUCUAUUUCAGUCUUUUUUAUCUAUCUAUCUAUCUAUCUAUCUAUCUAUCUCCGCCAAUUUUUGUCUUUCUUUCUUUCUUUCUUUCUUUCUUUCUUUCUUUCUUUCUUUCAAUAUUUUGGAAAUUUUCUUUAUUUCGUUCGUUCGUUCGUUCGUUCUUUCCUUCCUCCCUUCCUUUCUUCCUUCCUUACUUUCGUUCUUUCUUUCUUUCUUUCUUUCUUUCUUUCUUUCUCAUUGCAUAUUUUUCAAACCUUCAUUCCUUAUUUCUUUCUCAAAGAAUAUUUUGGAAAUUUACUUUAUUUCGUUCGUUCCUUCCAUCCUUCCUUCCUUCCUUCUUUCCUUCCUUUCUUUCUUUCUUUCUUUCUCGUUGCAUAUUUUUCAAACUUUCAUUCCUUAUUUCUUUCUCUAAGAAUAUUUUGGAAAUUUUAUUUAUUUCCUUCCUUCCUUCCUUCCUUCCUUCCUUCCUUUCUCGUUGCAUAUUUUUCAAACUUUUCUUCCUUUCUCCGUGA